AGAGGUGGCACAAAGGUCGCUGCCAUGACUGAUAGGAAGCGACUGGACCCUGGAGCAGAGACUUUUCUCCUUGGCAGCCAACAACCUGCAGCAAGCAAGGCGGGCGGGGGAGGAAACCCCGAGGAGGCGCUCCUGGCCGCCUCUUUGCUGAGAUAGCAGGAGCUGCAGCCUGCGGAGCCGCGAGCGCAGCGUCACUGAGCUGGUGCGGGUGCAGAGGCGCGCAGGCAGGCGCAGAGGCGCGCAGGCAGGCGCACAGGCCGGAGCCGCUUCUGCCACCCAGUCGCCCGCGCUGCAGGACGCCGCGCCACGCUGCCAGAGCGCCCAGGGCUGGUCCGCAAGCGUGAGGCGCCCACGGCCACGGUGCCUUGUGCCACCUGCCUCGCGCACCGCGGGCGACAGGAGAAACCCAAGAAAGCUCGGCCUGUUGUCCCUUUCUCAAAAACCAGCUUGUGGUGGAGGAGCUGGGAGAAGGAGAGCCAUUUCAAUUCUCUGCGGGACGGGGAUUUUUCUCCUUACAGUUUGAGGGAGCCUAAGUAGAGGUCAGAGGGGCAGGAGAGGAUCUCAAAAAGCAACAGAGGGCGGUGAAUACGGUCACCACCCCCCAUCAUUGCAAAAUCUCCUUGACAUUUUUCACACUUUGAAGCAGCUGCAGCUGGUGUCGUCGGAAAAGGGGGUGGGAAAAAGAAGAGAGGGGGCGGGGAGACAAGCAAGAGCCAAGAGCAGCGCCUCCUCUCCUGCCAAUCCUGGCACCUGUGCGCCGAGCUACUGCACCGAGGAGGACCUCACUCCGGGCGAACCCGGGUUUGAAGCCACGGACACCCAGCCCGUGGGCAGCGGGUACUUGUCUUCGGGACCUGCAGCCGCCCACUCGGGCCAUCCGCCGCCUGAAGCCGCGGGAGCGCACAGCCCCUCCGACCUGCCCGCUGCGCCCCGGCCCCUCGGGAUCCUCGCCCGGUAGAAGCGCCGCAGCGGGCAGGGGCUGUUAAGGAGUUGGGUGCACGUUUCUCUUUACAGCUCUUCUCUUCUCCUCCCAGGAUUUAUUGUCUGUGGAGCCUUCUGGGGGCGGGGAGGGAGCUGCGCCUCCGCCACCGCCGCUGCUGCGGUCGCUUAGCGCGGCGCGCAGGGCAGGCGGAGGCUGGGGAGUGGACACGCUGUUGCCUCCUCCGCUGGGGCUCCGGGCUUCCCCUUAGCUGCUUCCCGCGGGAACCUCUCCAGCAGUCCACCUGAAGGGCACCGACAUCAUGGUCUAACGUGGCACCUGCCUGGAAUCCGCUCUUCCUCCUCCUUCUUUCCUCCUCCACCGAGGAUUCUCGCGCCCACUCUACUGCAGACCCCCGCACACUUUAAGGAAUAACCCUUGUCAGCUGUACGUCUCACGCUCUCCUGGAACCUCAUGGGCAGUUUCUCCCGCCGGCGAUGAUGGAGAACCUAAUAAGGGGAAGGAAUCCCCCACAAUACCAGAGGAGUCCUUGUAAAGAGGUUCGUGCAGCACUUCGGAAGAGGCCUGAAGAGGAGUGAGCCCGCCACAUGAAAAAAAUGCAAGUCAAAGUGGUCACAACCUAGAAGUCUGCAGAGACAGGAAUAACUAGCAAUGCAGUGCCUGGAGAUGACCACCAAACGGAAAAUCAUCGGCCGUCUGGUGCCGUGCCGAUGUUUCCGAGGUGAAGAAGAAAUCAUCUCUGUGUUAGAUUACUCCCACUGCAGCCUUCAGCAGGUGCCAAAGGAGGUCUUUAACUUUGAGCGGACACUGGAGGAACUUUAUCUAGAUGCCAAUCAAAUUGAAGAGCUACCCAAGCAAUUGUUCAACUGUCAAGCUCUACGAAAACUAAGCAUUCCUGAUAAUGACCUUUCAAAUCUGCCGACCUCUAUUGCUAGUUUAGUUAAUCUUAAAGAACUCGACAUCAGUAAAAAUGGUGUACAAGAAUUUCCAGAAAACAUAAAGUGCUGUAAGUGUUUAACAAUUAUUGAAGCCAGUGUCAAUCCCAUUUCUAAACUCCCUGAUGGCUUCACCCAGCUUCUCAACCUGACCCAGCUCUACCUGAAUGACGCCUUUCUUGAAUUUCUCCCAGCUAAUUUUGGAAGACUUGUCAAAUUGAGGAUCUUGGAAUUAAGAGAAAAUCACUUGAAAACUCUACCAAAGUCAAUGCAUAAACUGGCCCAACUGGAAAGACUUGACCUAGGCAAUAAUGAAUUCAGUGAGCUGCCUGAAGUUCUAGAUCAAAUACAAAAUUUAAGGGAGUUGUGGAUGGAUAAUAAUGCAUUGCAAGUUCUACCUGGGUCUAUAGGGAAGCUAAAGAUGCUGGUAUACCUGGAUAUGUCAAAAAACAGAAUAGAAACAGUUGACAUGGAUAUUUCUGGAUGUGAAGCCCUGGAGGACCUCUUACUAUCAUCCAAUAUGUUGCAACAGUUGCCUGACUCUAUAGGACUGUUGAAAAAACUAACUACUCUAAAAGUAGAUGACAAUCAACUUACUAUGCUGCCCAAUACAAUUGGAAAUUUGUCUUUAUUAGAAGAAUUUGACUGCAGCUGUAACGAACUGGAGUCCCUACCUUCUACUAUUGGCUACCUUCAUAGUCUUCGAACAUUAGCGGUCGAUGAAAAUUUCCUUCCAGAAUUACCCAGAGAAAUUGGAAGCUGUAAAAAUGUAACAGUUAUGUCUCUACGCUCCAAUAAGCUGGAAUUUCUUCCUGAAGAAAUUGGACAGAUGCAGAAAUUAAGAGUUUUAAAUUUAAGUGAUAACAGAUUGAAGAAUUUACCUUUCUCAUUUACCAAACUAAAAGAACUUGCAGCAUUGUGGCUUUCUGACAAUCAGUCCAAAGCCCUUAUUCCUUUACAAACGGAAGCUCAUCCUGAAACAAAGCAAAGAGUAUUGACUAACUAUAUGUUUCCCCAGCAACCUCGUGGUGAUGAAGAUUUCCAGUCAGACAGUGACAGCUUUAAUCCUACACUGUGGGAAGAGCAGAGACAACAACGCAUGACUGUUGCCUUUGAAUUUGAGGAAAAAAAAGAAGAUGAUGAUAAUGCUGGGAAAGUUAAGGAUCUCUCCUGCCAAGCCCCCUGGGAAAGGGGCCAGCGUGGGAUUACCCUCCAACCAGCCAGACUGUCUGGCGAUUGCUGCACACCAUGGGCCAGGUGUGACCAGCAGAUCCAAGAUAUGCCCAUCCCCCAGAAUGACCCACAGCUGGCAUGGGGUUGUGUAAGUGGCCUCCAGCAGGAGAGGAGCUUGUGUUCUCAAUUGCCAGUUGCAGCACAAUCUGCCACUCUUCCCUCUCUAAGUGGCAGACAGGUUGAAAUAAACCUAAAACGAUAUCCAACUCCUUACCCAGAGGAUUUAAAGAAUAUGGUAAAAUCUGUUCAAAAUCUGGUGGGUAAGCCAAGCCACGGAGUGCGUGUUGACAAUUCAAAUCCAACUGCUAACACGGAGCAAACUGUGAAAGAAAAAUUUGAACACAAGUGGCCGGUAGCCCCAAAGGAGAUUACAGUGGAGGAUUCUUUUGUUCAUCCAGCUAAUGAAAUGAGGAUUGGGGAACUUCAUCCUUCAUUAGCUGAGACCCCUCUGUACCCACCCAAACUUGUUCUGCUAGGGAAGGACAAAAAAGAAUCAACUGAUGAGUCUGAAGUUGACAAAACUCACUGUCUGAAUAACAGCGUUUCCUCAGGCACUUACUCAGACUACUCGCCUUCUCAGGCUUCUUCAGGAUCCUCUAACACCCGGGUUAAAAUGGGGUCCUUGCAGACAACAACUAAAGAUGCAGUUCAUAAUUCUUUGUGGGGUAACAGGAUUGCACAAUCUUACCCACAGCCUCUUGAUGCAAAGCCAUUACUCAGCCAGCGGGAGGCUGUUCCCCCGGGGAAUCUACCCCAGCGUCCUGACCGGCUGCCAAUGAGUGAUGCUUUCACUGACAACUGGACUGACAGCUCACACUAUGACAACACAGGGUUUGUUGCUGAGGAAACCACAGGCGAGAAUGCCAACAAUCCUCUCUUAAGUUCCAAGUCCAGAAGUACAUCUUCUCAUGGAUCUUGUCAUGGACGCAGGCCUUUGAUCAGACAGGAUAGGAUUGUUGGUGUUCCCCUGGAACUUGAGCAGUCUACACACAGACACACUCCAGAAACAGAAGUGCCUCCUUCCAAUCCUUGGCAGAAUUGGACCAGAACCCCUAGUCCAUUUGAAGACAGGACUGCUUUUCCUUCCAAAUUAGAGACAACCCCCACUACCAGCCCCUUGCCUGAAAGGAAAGAACAUAUAAAAGAAUCAGCUGAGAUACCUGGUCCUUUUUCUCCAGGAGUACCAUGGGAGUAUCAUGAUUCCAACCCCAACAGGAGUCUUGGUAAUGUCUUUUCUCAGAUCCACUGCCGCCCAGAUUCUAAAGGUGUUAUCGCCAUUAGCAAAAGCACAGAGAGGCUUUCUCCGUUAAUGAAAGAUAUAAAGUCUAAUAAAUUCAAAAAGUCACAGAGUAUCGAUGAGAUUGACAUUGGUACCUACAAGGUAUAUAACAUACCAUUAGAAAACUAUGCUUCUGGGAGUGAUCACUUAGGAAGCCAUGAACGACCAGAUAAAAUGUUGGGACCAGACCAUGGCAUGUCCAGCAUGUCUCGAAGCCAGUCAGUCCCCAUGCUGGAUGACGAGAUGCUCACUUAUGGAAGUAGUAAAGUACCACAACAACAAAAGGCUUCUAUGACAAAAAAGGUCUACCAAUUUGACCAAAGCUUCAAUCCUCAAGGAGCAGUGGAAGUGAAAGCUGAAAAGAGGAUGGCACCCCCUUUCCAACACAAUUCUGAGUAUGUGCAGCAGCCCGGCAAAAACAUCACCAAGGAUUUGGUUAGUCCUAGAGCCUACAGAGGAUACCCACCAAUGGAGCAAAUGUUUUCAUUCUCCCAGCCAUCUGUGAAUGAGGAUGCUGUGGUGAAUGCCCAGUUUGCCAGCCAAGGGUCCAGGGCAGGCUUCUUAAGAAGAGCUGACUCCCUGGCGAGCUCCACAGAGAUGGCCAUGUUUAGAAGGGUCAGUGAGCCUCACGAGCUGCCUCCGAGCGAUAGGUACGGCCGACCUGCAUAUAGGGGAGGGCUUGAUCGCCAAAGCAGCGUUUCAGUGACUGAGUCCCAGUUCCUGAAGAGGAAUGGCAGGUAUGAAGACGAACACCCUUCAUAUCAAGAAGUGAAAGCGCAGGCGGGAAGUUUUCCAGUUAAAAACCUUACCCAGAGGAGGCCAUUGUCGGCAAGAAGCUACAGUACAGAGAGUUACGGUGCCUCCCAAACCAGGCCAGUUUCAGCUAGGCCUACUAUGGCAGCUCUUUUGGAAAAAAUACCAUCUGACUAUAACUUGGGUAACUAUGGUGACAAGCCAUCAGAUAACAGUGAUAUAAAGACGAGGCCUACUUCUGUGAAGGGAGAGGAGAGCUGUGGUAAAAUGCCUGCAGACUGGAGACAACAGCUGCUUAGACAUAUAGAAGCUAGAAGGUUAGACAGGACCCCGUCCCAGCAAAGCAACAUUUUAGACAAUGGACAAGAAGAUGUAUCUCCUAGUGGCCAAUGGAAUCCUUAUCCACUUGGGAGGCGGGAUGUACCUCCGGACACCAUUACUAAAAAGGCAGGCAGCCACAUCCAGACUUUGAUGGGAUCCCAAAGCCUUCAGCAUCGCAGCCGGGAACAGCAGCCAUAUGAAGGAAACAUAAACAAAGUGACCAUCCAGCAAUUUCAGUCACCAUUGCCUAUUCAGAUCCCCUCUUCACAGGCCACCCGGGGACCUCAACCUGGACGGUGCUUAAUUCAAACUAAAGGGCAAAGAAGUAUGGAUGGAUAUCCAGAGCAGUUUUGUGUGAGAAUAGAAAAGAACCCUGGCCUUGGAUUUAGUAUCAGUGGUGGAAUUAGUGGACAGGGAAAUCCAUUCAAACCUUCUGACAAGGGUAUCUUUGUUACUAGGGUUCAGCCUGAUGGACCAGCAUCCAACCUACUGCAGCCUGGUGAUAAGAUUCUUCAGGCAAAUGGACACAGUUUUGUACAUAUGGAACAUGAAAAAGCUGUUUUACUACUGAAGAGUUUCCAGAACACAGUAGACCUAGUUAUUCAACGUGAGCUUACUGUCUAAAUAUUUUUUAUAAAUAGUGAAGAUACAUCUAGCCAGAGCUAAUGUUCAAAAAUAAAUUUAUACAUAGAAACAAAUUUUGCCAAUUGCUGGACCAAUGGCAAACAUUAGUGCCAAAUGUAUAAUACUAUAUGUUAGCACUGAUCAUCCUUAAAAAUGUUAACUCUAUAAAUAUGAUGUUCAUGUGGUUAUGUAUUAGUUUUAAUUGUCAGCCUCUGGCUGUGCAUUGGUGCAGUUUUGUUUUUGUUUUUGUUUUUUAAUCAAAUAAGUUUCUUCUCAAAGUGGAUUUCACAUAAUUUCGGAGCACGGAAGCACACACAAGCUCUUUACAAAUUCUGCUCUCCAUCAGAAACACUGCCUCAAAGUUGUAUAUGCCUUUAUAUAGAAAAUACAAAUAUAAAGAAUUGUAAUUCCCAUUAAAUAUUUCUAGCACAAGGUAUAUGUUGGCAUAUAUACAAAAAAGAAUAUAGAGAAAAAAUAUUUUCAUAAACUAAACAUCUUGGAUUGAGAAAGAAAAUAUAUCUUAAAAUAAGACUUUACUAUAAUGAAUCUUUUUCAAUAAAAAUUACAUGAUAAUGCCUUAUGAAAGUAACUGUAUAUAUGGUAUAAAGUGUUUAUAUCUGGUUCCAUAUUCAUUUGCUAAAUUCUCAUAACACAGAGUGAAAUAUUUCAGAAAUUAUCCAUUUAUCUCUGGGACCUGAAUAAAAAUAGUACAAACUAGCUUGUUCAAUGCCUUUAGCUAAUUACAAUACAUGGAGAGGUAAGAAACAGACUAAAGGUCUUUAUAGAUAAGUCUUUCCACCACAAAUUUAAGCAGUGAAUGAUGGGUGGCAGGAAAGGUAUUGCUUUAUUUAUUUCAAGUUUAUGUUAAGUAUAAACUUGUAGCCCCUGUGAUUUCUUUAUUUGUAAAUGUGGAAUUUCUUUGUGUGAUGCUUUAGUUAAUUUGCUACUUUUAAGUCAUUUAAAACAAAUUUGAGGAACUGAUAAAAUUCAUUAUUAAGAAAGACUUGUUAGAAAGUUAUGGUGGAUGAUUUAAAAACUUUGGUAUUUAAAUAUGAAACUUCAAAUAUGAUUUCUCAGAGCUGUGUACUAUCUGUACUAUUAAUUUCAAUGCCUGUUUUCUUAACAGAAAGAGAUAAAAUACUUUUUUCCAAAAAAAGGUUCAAGGUAUAUAAAAUUCUGAAUGCUGUUUCACUAGAGAGAAAAAUAAGUGGAGUCAAUGUAGAAUUAUUUACUUUUACAUUAGAACUGUUUUCCUCUAUAAGUGAUCAAAAUUCAUUUUAUAAUCCUUUGAAGUAUUUCUUUAUAUUAGUCAUUAAAGAUUAAAAUAUUAAUUUGAAAUUCAAGAAUAAUAUCCCAUUCUUUCAUAUUUCUACAUAGCUGAUUUUUAUAUAAUGCAUUUUACUUUACAUGAGUGCUUCAAAUAUUCCAUUGAGAUUUUACAAUAGAGAUAUAGUGAUGUCACCAGAGCUCUGAGAAUAAUAUUUGUAAGUUAAUGUUUUAUGGGGACAUUGAAAAUAUUGUAUUUUUGUAGGAUCUAUUAAAACGAGUGUCACUUACUACAA